AUGAUCGGUACCGAUCAAAAAGGUGAAACAUUUUGGGAGCGAAUUCGUGAAUAUUGCGAAGAAAGUAUUCCCGGUCUCAUCAAGAGAGGAGGUAUUGCAAUGAAAAAGAGGUGGCAACGGAUAAAUGAAGGGGCUCAAGGAUAUGGAGCGUGUUAUGAUCAAGCCGAGCGGAGAGUAGGGAGUGGUUUAAAUUUGGACGACAUAACUCGGCUAGCUCACGAACUCCACAUAGCAAAAUACAAAAAGAAGUACAAUUUUGAUAAGCAUUGGAAUGAGCUCCGGAGACAGCCCAAGUGGAGAGCUCCUUCAACAAAUAGUGAAAGCAUGAAGAGAACUAAAUUGAGUGAUACUGGAGCCUAUUCAUCAUCUGCAAAUAAUGAAACGCCCACAUCUACAAAUGAUGUGGAAUCACCUAUUAUUCCCAAAGGUACAAAAGCGACCAAGCGAAAGGGAAAGUGA